CGAUGAUUGCCUCCGAAACUUGGCGACAAAUGGGUUGAUCCUUCCACGAGGCGCUAACCGAAAAGUCGAGAGAUCGAGGUCGUCUACCGGUAAUCACUCGAGCGACGGGUAGGCGUUUCAUACGACAGGAAAAGGUAUAUAAGGCGGAUGGGGAGGAGGUCCUUGCCUCUUUUUCUUUUUUUUUCUCGCCUCCUCCUCAUCUCUCCACUCACUUCAUCAGUCUUCACCUUACUCGAACUCUCCCUCGUCAUCAACAUCUACCAAUCUCAUUCCAAAAUGGUCAAGCUCACCUCCGCCUUCAUCGCCCUCGCCUGCGCUGUCUCCAGUUGCAUGGCCUCCCCCGUCGUCACUGAGCGAGCCGUCUCUGCUACAUGCCCUCGAUACACCAUCAUCAACACCCGUGGAACCGGUGAGAGGCAGGGCCCGUCUACCGGAUUCACUACCAUGAACUCGAGGAUCACUGCCCAGCUCCAGGGAGGACAGAUCUACAGCACCGUCUACGCUGCCGACUUUAGCCAACAGUCCAGCGCCGGUACCGCCGACAUCGUCAGGAAGGUCACCUCGACCCUCGCCUCGGACCCCACUCACUGUUUCUACCUCGAGGGUUACUCUCAGGGAGCCGCCGCUACCGUCAACGCCUUGGAAAGGUUGACUGGAAACGCCUUUGACGCCGUCAAGGGUGUCUUCCUCAUCGGUAACCCCGAACACAAGUCGGGUCUCGCUUGCAACGUCGACACCAAUGGAGGUACCACUACCAAGUUCGUCAACGGUCUCUCGGCCUUUGGCGGUGGUAUCCCUUCCAACUAUGUCAGCAAGACCUUGGACGUCUGCAACUACGGUGACGGUGUUUGCGACACCACUCACGGAUACGGAAUCAAUGCCGCUCAUCUCGCAUACCCUCGAAGCACCGGUACCCAGAACCAGGGAUACGAGUUUGCCAUCAAGCAGCUCGCCUAGACCGAAGAUGGUCCGAGGGAAACAUCUCGAUUCGCGCAAAAGUGAACGGGAGUAGGAAAAUGUUGGGGCUUGAGCGCCUCGAAUGGAUCGGAAAUGGGGGAUUUUGUCAAUCGUUAUGCCAAUGAAAUUACGUCAAUAUCAAUUCAUUA